GGUAAUUUGCCGUGGUUAUAAAAUAUUGGUUUGGAAAAAUGUAUGAGGCGAGAGCAUAUUUAAUAGUUCUAAAUGCAGGUUGAAAAGAACAUGUAUUGUGGCACGCAGUACUCUUUCUUAGUUUGUUUGCUCAUCCACAGUGCUGGUAAAUUUGACCGUUUUGUCAUCUUUAUUUUCAGGCAACCAUGAACCCUUUCGGAGAACCGUCUACAGCGAAGGGAAGAGGUCGUGUUAUUUGGAGGCAAGGACAAGACCACAAAGAACUGCGACGACCACAAACGGAAAAUAGAACAGACGUCGCAGUAAUCCAUAACAGCGCUCAGCCUGAUCCAUGUGUUGAAGGAGACAUUUCAGUGACUUCAACAUUAUCUGCUAAUGCAAAAGAAUUUUACCCCCCAAAUUAUCAGUCUCAACAGUCAAAGGAUUCCUACAAUUCUUCUUCACAGUAUGAAGAGGUGCCCCGUCAAAACGUGCUACCAUUCCAAACGCCAGUCGUCCCAAACUCGUCACUUGGACAGGGAUACCUAGAAGGCAUACGUUAUUCUAAUUGGUCGCCUGUAGCACCUUAUUUAGUUUUCAAGCCUACACCGGUAACAGGUGGUGGUCCUCAUCACAACUCUUCAAAUCCAGCGUCUGAAAAUAAAGAAGAACUGAUUACAACAAAUCACCUGAUUGAAGUAAUGCAGCAUUUGACAGUUCAUCCAGGGAAGUUUGACGUCUUAAUUACUCCAUUAGUGGACACCUUCAGUUGUUGGUUGGGGGAUGAAGACAAAGUGUCUUAUAUAGUUAACGCAAUUGUGGAACAGUCAAUAACUGAACCAAAUUUCCGAUACAAUGGAGCAAGAUUUUGUUCCUUUCUUAACAAUGAAUUUCCUCCAGGAGAAAGAUCAACAUUCAGAGCUUAUCUUCUAAAUAGGUGUAAAGAGGAGCACGUGCAAAUAUCAAACUAUAUUCAUACACAUCCAAGAAGACUUCAUGGCUUUGUAUUGUUCAUGGCAGAGUUGUUCAUGCAACUGGAGUGUGCAAAAGGUUAUGGUGAAAGGAUAACAAUUCUGGGGACUGCGUUAGUGGAAGAUCUGUCUUUAUUAAUCACUGAACCUACAUCUGAAAAUAUUAAAUGUACCUGUCAAGUUCUUAAGUUGGCGGGUCAGCCUCUGGAUGUGCAGGAGCCAGUGAUUAUGAAUGAAGUAAUGGAAUCCCUUUUGCAUUUACUGAACAACCCGAUGGUCGAGUCAAAUGUCCGUCAUCUUAUCAGCAGUGUCUUUGAAUUGAGACGUGCCGGUUGGGGUGAUGCAUCAGGCUUCAUGCCAAAUACGAGCACAACACAGCCAUCCAAUCCAUGCCUGCAGAAUUAUCCUGUUUUCUAUGGACCAGAUGGACAGAUCAUGACUCCAGAAGAGAGCCAAUUCCUAGAAGAGAGUGUGGGUCGUAUUCCUGAUUCAGAGGAGUACGAUGAUUGCAGUGAGGAUGGCGAUAUUGUUUGGGAGCCAGAUGAUGAAAUGGAUGAAGAAAUUCAAGCAGCAUUCGAACAGUUUCUUAACCUCGGCAAGAAUUAAUCUAUAGACACAUCUUCCACCGAUAAGUGCAGUGGCUUAUUCUGUCCACAAAGCAUGUUGUUGACAUAUGCCGACAUCUACAAAAUCUUGUGAUGAACAUAUAUGUCUUGCUUAUCAGCUUAGUGUUAAUUAAAGACACUGUGUUACAAAUGUAUUUGAAUAUGAUAUUAUCAAGGACUGACAGACGUUUUGCUGAAAAUGUAUUUUUUUCUUUCUCAGGACAGGAUGUGUUAACAAAUGGAGCUGUAUAUGUUGUACUUUAGAAGCAGUAAGGUUGGGAGCAUCUGCUGGUUGUGGCUUACUUAACCAUAUAAUUAUUUCUGUUCUAUUGUUUUAUUUUGAAUAUAAAUAUUAAAGUGAGCAACUUGGUAAAUCACUUACUGCUUGAGAUGUAUUCUGCCACCCUCAGCGGCAAAUGACAAGCUCAGAGUUAAUGUGUGCAGUAGUUAUAUAUUUGUGCCCAAAAUGUCUCUUGUGUGAUUAAAAUAAAACCUUUUUUUAUGAAAAUGGGAAUCCAAGUGAAAUUCUGGGGCUGGGCAGUUGUACCAUGUAGUGUGGUAGAAGUUUGCUGCCUCCAUCAUCAGGGCACCUUGAUGAUGGAGUUAGCAAGCACCUUUGAAACACGUGUAAACUUAUACCAGAUCCACAUUGCACUGGAUCCUUGUUUGACAAAGGCAAGAAUCCAAGCAAGCUUGUCGAUUGUAGGAGAGCAUCUACAUCCUCGUGGAAAGCUUUAUGUGUUUCUCCGGAUGUUGUAUGUGUUAUUGCUCCUCCUGAUUCAUCUUGGGUCACAUUCAUCACUAGCUACUGUUAACUGUAAAACCAUGUUAUGUUUACAGAUUAUUAAACGGUGACCGUUUUCUCCUGACGUACUAAAAUAAAAUAGCUCUGUCCCUUCUAA